AAUGAAAACCGAAAUCAGCAUAUUACGCUACAUUAAAGUUAACAACUUACAUAGUGACUAUCUACUCACUUGUCACGACUCACAUUAAUACACACCACCAUACCAUACAUCUCUCUCAGCCCAGAGAGAAAGAGAGAGAACGGGAGAGAGAUUUUGCGUAAUUAGUACGGGAGAGAGAAUGAAUCGCAGGGACGAUCAAAACCCGUUUGAUGAGGAAGCCGUCAAUCCAUUCUCGAAUGGCAAUGCUGAUCCUGGAUCGAAGUCGCGUAUCCCAAAAAUGGUUGCCAAUACCCUGGGUUUUGGCCAAAAAAAUGAUGCAAAUGUGGAUAUACCAUUAGAUUCAAUGAAAGAUCCUAAGAAAAAGGAGAAAGAGCUAGCAGCUUGGGAUGCAGAACUAAAGAAGAGGGAAAGGGACCUCAAACGCAGAGAAGAUGCUGUUGCCGGUGCCAAUGUCCCAGCAGAUGAUAAAAACUGGCCUCCAUUUUUUCCAAUUAUACACCAUGAUAUUGCUAAUGAGAUACCAGUAAAUGCUCAGAGGUUGCAGUAUUUGGCUUUUGCCAGCUGGUUAGGUAUUAACAUUUGUCUUGUAUUUAACCUCAUUGCUGUGACUGUUUGUUGGAUUAAGCAUGGCGGUGUUAAGAUUUUCUUCCUUGCCACUAUCUACAUGCUACUUGGAUGCCCACUUUCAUAUGUUUUGUGGUACAGACCACUAUAUCGUGCAAUGAGGACAGACAGUGCUUUGAAGUUCAGUUGGUUUUUUCUGUUUUACAUGCUCCAUAUUGCCUUUUGCAUAUUUGCUGCCAUAGCUCCUCCCAUUGUCUUCCAUGGGAAGUCAUUGACGGGCAUUCUUGCAGCUGUUGAUGUCUUCUCUGACCAUGUUUUGGUGGGGGUCUUCUAUCUAAUUGGCUUUGCUUUCUUUUGUCUCGAAUCACUUUUGAGCUUGUGGGUACUUCAGAAAGUGUACCUAUAUUUUCGAGGGCACAAGUGAUGCAUGAUCACCAAUUAGGAUUGCAGUUGGAUAUUUUUGGUGUUGCAGCUUCAUGAGUGCUUCAGUGCCUACUUUUCCAGUGCUUUGUUCAUAUUUUCUCUAAAGAGAUUGUUAGUUUUGAUUAAAAUAGAAAAAGCACUUCAGGAUGCAAAAUGUUGAAGUUAACUUUAUUAAUCUCUUAGGUUAUGAAUAUGUGUUUUUCCCUUCACAGUUUACACUGCAUAUGUGCGGUUCAUUUUUUAUUUUCUGGGUUAUUAAGUGUGAAAAGAUACAGCUCAAAUAUCUGAAAUUAAAGUUGAGAGUUUUUUUUUU